ACACACACACACACACACACACACACAGAGUGAGUCAUAAGAUCAGUGUGACUGAAUCCGAGUCCUGCUGCGGUUCGAUCCAUCAGAGAGCGCGCCCACUAAUGCGCGCCCACGACUGCGCUCAGCGGGGGAGAGAGCGCGCGAACCUCGGGAAGUCCGAUUCAAUUAAGCGAGUCGGUUCAUUCGGACGAUUCGUUUUGGAUGAACGUGUUCACAGAGCAGAGUCACUGAAUCCUUUGAUUUAUCACUCAGAUCUAUCUUUUUUUAAUCUUCGUAGUCUUAUUGCUGCUUGUAACUACAUUUCUGAUUAUAUUAAAUAGAUUUAAUCCUGUAUUCCAACAUUAUUGUUGAAAACAAAAGUUAUUAAUAACAGUAACAUUAAUUAUUCCAGAUAUGGUUAACAAUAUUGUUCCAAUCCCAAAUUCCUUUCAAGUGAUUCAGUGAAGUCGAGUCAUUAAAGGAAUCGGUUCAGAAGAACGGCUCGCUCGAGAGAUUCUCCUCACGCUGAAGUCAGAAAUGAAAGGUGUCGCUCUUACAAUGCUGCUGGCGCUCCUUCCUCUGCAUCUGCUCUCCUUCUGCACUCAUUCUGAGGAUAAAGCCACGUUCAUUCUGUACAGAGCGCAUGCGAAACUUUAACGCGUUUGACUCGUCAGUUACGCGAAACUUUCUGCGUGUUUUUGACAGAGGAUUUGCUGUUAAGAUGAUGUCUUUAUAUCCCCUCGUCAUUCUGCUUUCUUCUGUGGGCGUGUGUGUGCUGAGGGUCGGUUCUGAUCCGGUUCCUCUGGACUCGAGCUCCGGGUGUCACUCCAGACUCAAACAGCUCCACGGACAGCAGGUGACCGUCCACCUGCCGCCCAACAUCACCGGACACUGGGUGUCCAGCAGCUGCGAGGUGCGGCCCGGCCCGGAGUUCAUCACUCGCUCCUACCGCUUCUACGCCGACCUCAGCUUCCAGGCGCUGCAGUUCUUCUACCAGGACUCUGACUGCAGCGAGCCCAGCUACAGCCUGCGGAUCCGGGGCAGUGUGCGCCCGCUGCGGGGCUCCUGGCUCGUCCGCGGAGGAGCUGUGUGUGAGUACCACCUGAGCCGCGUCCAGCUGCUGUGUCACGGCCCCGCGGCGGAGCUCGUCCAGCAGCGCCUGCGAUCGUCCUGCGACCUGCGGCAGCCGCUGCGGCCCGGCCGGACCUACGAGCUGUGGGACGAGCGGUGGGCGGCGGGUCGUGACUGCACCCGCGGCCUGGACUUCAGCAUGCAGGAGCUGCGUCUGAUGCGGCUGGAGCGGCGCGGUCACCAUGGAGACCCCAGCAGACCGGAGGAGCUGUUCCUGGGAGACGUGCACACGGAGCGCGCUCAGAGGAGCCUCCACCAGCCCGCGGGCUACCAGACCCCCCUGCAGAGCGCCAAGAUGGAGCGCUGUGGAAUCUGUCAGAUCGUGUCUUCGGCAGAUCUUCAUCAUCCUCCGGUGCUGCCGGCCCAGCCUGACCGUCCGGUGCGUCUCCAUGGAAACUGGGUGAGCACGCGGUGUGAGGUGCGUCCGGGCGUCCUCUUCCUCACCCGACAGCUGACCUUCGAUGAGGACAGCCAGACCUGGACCGGUCAGUACGAUCACUUCUCUGACCCCGUCUGCCGUCACCCCACCUUCAGCAUCUCAGCCAGCGGACGCUACACCCGCGGAGCUCCAUCUGCAGCCAUCAGAGGCGCCGUCGAGUUCACCUUCACCGUGACGCACAUGACGGUGACGCCGAUGGAUGUGGCCACCACGUCUCUGCUGAACGUCUUCCGAGGGCGAGAGUGUGGCUCCGAGGGCUCGUGGAAGCUGGGCGUCCCGCAGGACGUGACCUGGACCUCGGGCUGCGCGGCGCUGGGCGUGCGUCUGCCUCACACCGAGUACGAGCUCUUCCGCGCCGGCCACGACCCGUCUGGACACAGCCUCCUCUACAACGGCCAGAGACCCAGCGACGGCUCCAGCCCGGACCGGCCCGAGCGACGGCCCACCAGCUUCCAGCCGCCGCUGACCCGCUGCAGUGCCGGGGAGACGGGCGAGCGCCGCGGGGGGCGAGAGGGAGACCAGCGCUUCAGACUGAACUCCGGCUGCGGCUCAAACACGCUGCAUGGACUCCUGCCCGUGAUCCUGCUGCACACCUUCAUGUAGAGACCGAGCCCGUUUGCACUAGCUAGGGAACUCCGGUGGGAACGAACAUUCAUUGUGUUGUUAAUGAAGCGUGACGGGCGUGACACAUGCAUGCGCUCUGAUGUAGGUCCUGAUCACCGUUCAUCUCUAGAUCCACAGCUGCUGGUCUGAUGCAGAACCACUGAAAACAUCAGCCGUCUGCUGAGCACUGCAUAGGACCUGAUUGAAACCUCGUCCCGUGACGCCCAAAUGAAUGAACACGUGAUCAGGGUUAUUAUCGCUAACUAAAACCAAAACAACAAAAAUUGUCAUUACUUUAAAUGUUACCUAAAAUAAAAUAAAAAUAAAUAUAUUUUUAAGCUUUCUGCUAGUUGCCAAGGCAACAUUUAUCAUUUAUCUUGCACUAAAAUAACUCAAACUGAAAAUUAUACACUACCAGUCAAGUUUUUGAACGGUAAGGUUUUUAAUUCUCUUCUGUUCAACAAACCUGCAUUUAUUUGAUCAG